AUGGCUAUUGGUUUGUGUCUAGGUGAGGUGUGGCUUGAUAUAAAGGCAGAGUCAGCUGACUGCUGUCACUGUGGAUCUGCGCUCCAGCACACGGAAGCCAAUAUCCCUCAGGCUUUCCCCCUCAGCCAAUGCCAGGAGGAUACCCUCCUCAAUGUCCACCAGGCAUCACCCCGUCCCAACCCUUCCCUCCUCAAUGUCCACCAGGCAUCACCCCGCCCCAACCCUUCCCUCCUCAGCCCUGUGGGCCACCUGUGUACUAUCCUGGAGCUCCACCUUGUGGAGGGUGUGGACCUGGCUAUGGUCCUGGUCAUGGGCAUGAUCAUAGUCAUGACUAUUGUCCUGGUCGAGGUCGAGGUCGAGGUCGUGGUCGUGGUCGCGGUCAUGGUCACGGGCAUCACGAGCAUGGGCACGGACACGGGCAUCAUGAGCAUGGGCACGGGCACGGGCAUCAUGAGCAUGGGCACGGGCAUCAUGAGCAUGGGCACGGGCACGGGCAUCAUGAGCAUGGGCACGGGCACGGGCAUCAUGAGCACGGGCAUGGGCAUGGGCCUGGGCACGGGCACGGGCAUGGGCAUGGCCACAAACACAAGCAUGGUCACAUGCAUUGCCAAUGCCACAAGAAAGGAAAGAAGUCCCACGGGUCCUCAAGCAGCUCCUGCAGCAGCGACUCGGACUAGAUGAAGAUGCUGGAAGGAAACAAGUUGCCACCUGGAAACCUUCAUCCUGCUACCUCAAAGCACUGCUUCCCAGCCUGGGGUCGGGACUCCACAUCUGUUAGCAAAGCUUUGCGGCGGCCUUGAUUUUUUACUAAUAAAA